UGAUCUGAGAUGCUUGUUUGCUGCUGCUGAAGCUCUACUGUGUGUUUGAGAGUGUGAUUGAUGGCUGUUGUGGAUGCAGGAUGCGCAGGAGCAGCGCUUACAUCCCAGUGUCCACUGCUGCCGCUCUACUGGUCACUUCAUCCACACUGUUCUUCGUCUUCACGUGUCCGUGGCUCGUCGUGAACGUGUCUCCUGUUUUCCCGUCAUGCGUCGGGAUCGUCUUCCUCUUCGUGAUGGCGAACUUCAUCAUGGCGACGUUCAUGGAUGCCGGCGUGUUCCCGAGAGCUAAUGAGGACGAGGACAAGGACGAGGACUUCCGCGCGCCGCUCUAUAAGAACGUGGAGGUGCGCGGCGUGCAGGUGCGCAUGAAGUGGUGCGCGUCAUGUCACUUCUAUCGACCGCCGCGCUGCUCGCACUGCAGCGUGUGUGAUCACUGCGUGGAGGACUUUGACCAUCACUGUCCCUGGGUGAACAACUGCAUCGGGCGACGCAACUAUCGCUUCUUCUUCUUCUUCCUCUUCCUGCUGUCUCUGACUCUUCACAUGGGGGGCGUGUUUUCCGGCGGUCUCCUGUAUGUUCUGGAUCAUCCGGAGAACCUGUGGGAACUGCACGCCGCCGUCACGCUGGCGGUCAUGAGUGUCUCGGCUCUGUUCUUCAUUCCCGUCUUGGGUCUGUCCUGUUUUCAUCUGGUGCUGGUGGCGAGAGGACGCACCACAAACGAACAGGUGACAGGGAAGUUCCAGGGAGGAGUGAAUCCGUUCACGCGCGGCUGCCAUCAGAACGUGCAGUUUGUGCUCUUCAGUCCCAUCACGCCGAGAACUCAAGCUCAUAGUUACAACUCUCAAGCUUUAAAUGUACAGAUUGCCGCUUCGCAUUCAGCCUCCUUUCCAUCACCCAGAGUCCCACAACUGAGCCCUCAAAUACUCCCGGACAAGUCUCUAGAGGAAGUAGAUGCUCCAGACAGCAAACGUCUGACCUGUCCCCCUCCGCUGCCCCCAAAACCAGAUCCAGUCCUGCUCAAGAACCAUUUGGCAGCAUUGGAAGAGAGUUUGCUCCAGUCCAGACUAGCUCUAAUGCCUUCAGGACACAAUAUGAAUCCACUCCAGACCUCAGAGUCGCCCGGAAAAGUGCUCUACCAAGUUCCCAGAGAUCAGAUGGGGUCGAGGAUUUCUCCGUUGGUUCCUCAGGAACACGUGUCUGAACCCAGUCUGCUGCAGCCCGAGAAUCACGCAAACGCUCUGACUCUGAACUCACGCUCGCUGAGUCUCAAACACUCCAGCCGCCGCGGAUCCCAGCGCGCCGAAAUCCCACACGCGAGCCAAAGCGUCCUCAGCGGCCCGACGGGGAGCCUGUCCUACGACAGCCUGCUGCAUCCCGCGGGCGUCCAGCCGGCGUUCCUUCCCAUGGAUCCGGGUCUGUCCCGCGGCUCCGUUGACAUGCAGCGGCUUCCGGCGCGCAACUGUAGCCCAGUGUUCAUGCACAUCAACCGCGAGCCGUCGCCCGUCCGCUACGACAGCCUUCCCAAACCGCUCAUGAGCUCCAUCCAGGAGCGCCGCGAGCCCGACGACAAGGACAAACCCGUGCAGGACGGCGGCAUCUACGACACUCCCAGCAGACGCAGCCUGCCGCAGGAUUUCCGUGGGCUGUCGUCGUCUCGCGGUCCAACUCCUCCGGCGUACGGCUCGAGGGAGUUCCUCCUGAGCAGCGCGGCAUACGGAUACAGGAGCCGCUCGCAUCUGUCCUCCUCCUCGUCUUCCUCGCUCACCCGCGCACCUCGGACCGCCAGCUCGCCGCUGCACUUUAACCGCUCUCUAUCGCCCUCUAUCUAUCAAUCUCUGGACCGACAGUCACAGCUCCCUCCAUCCACGCUCCCUGCUCCGCUUCCCACCUCCUCCUACGGGCCUCAGAAAGCACUGGCUUACAUCAGAGGAGGAGAAAAACCCGAACCGGAACUAUGAGUCCUGAUCAUAGACUGUAUAAAAACAUGGACGUAGUGUCCGUGACGUCACCCAUAGUUUUCUGAAG